GCGAUUUGCGAUGUUGAAUGUUGAUGUGAUGUUGAUUCGCAAAUUUAUAUUCUAGUAAAUAUAAUAUUUAUUAAAACAUAUAAUUUGAAAUCCAUGCAAAAUUAAAAUUUGAGAUAUCUUUUCUACCAUUGAGGAUUUCAUUUGAUUAAGCUAUGGAAGAAGAAGCGAAGAAACCAGUAUGCCUAAUAAUUUUAGGUAUGGCUGGUGCUGGGAAAACUUCAUUUACCAGACGACUAGCUGGUAAAGUGAUAAAUGGCUCACGACCGUAUUUAAUUAAUUUGGAUCCGGCUUGUCGUGAAGUCCCAUAUCCCGCUAAUAUUGAUAUUCGAGACACAGUUGAUUAUAAAGAGGUAAUGAAACAAUAUGGCCUUGGACCUAAUGGUGGUAUUGUGACUGCUCUUAACUUGUUCUCUACAAAGUUUGGUCAAGUUGUGGAACUAAUUGAGAAAGCUGGCAAGAAACAUAAGUAUUGUGUUAUUGAUACACCAGGUCAAAUUGAAGUAUUCACAUGGUCAGCGUCAGGAACCAUAGUGACAGAAACGUUGGCGUCUUCCUGUCCCACUGUGGUUGUGUAUGUCAUGGACACAGUGAGGAGUGUGUCGCCAGUCACGUUUAUGUCUAAUAUGUUGUAUGCUUGCUCUAUAUUGUAUAAGACGAGGUUGCCGUUUAUUCUUGUUAUGAAUAAGACAGAUGUAGUAGACAAUGCCUACGCAGUGGAAUGGAUGCGAGACUUCGAAGCAUUCCAAGAUGCACUAGACGCUGAGGGGUCAGGGGAAGGCAGUUCGUAUGUGGGCAACUUGACGCGCUCCAUGGCGCUCGCGCUUGACCACUUUUAUACGGACCUGCGGUGUUGUGGCAUUAGUGCACAUACUGGCGAUGGAAUUGAUGAGUUCUUUAAACUGGUUGAUGAGGCCGCUGAGGAGUAUGAAAGGGAAUACAAAGCGGACUGGCUGAAAAUGCGAGAGGAAAAAUUGGCAGAGCAAAAGAGGAAGGAGGAGGAAUUGAAAGAGGAUAAACGAGUCGAUGACAAAGACACUGUGAUAGACAAGAAGAAACUCAUAGAGGUAGUGAUGGGUGGGAGGGAGAUAAGCGAUAUGUACCUCAAGCAUCCAGCCAACGAGAGCUCUAGUGACGAAGAGGGCACGGAGGACCAAAAACCUGAGAUGGAUAACAAGCCAGAAGAUGUGUUAGCUUUUCAAGAAUUUAUCAAGAAGCAUGUAAAACCUAAUCAGAGUGAAAAUAAUACUUAAAACUAUUGUUAAUAAAUUUUAGUAUAAAAGCGGUUAAUAAAUAUGUAUUUUUAUAA